AUGGUCGAACGUUUUCACAGGCAACAGAAGACCGCUCUACGCGCCACUCCUGAUCCGCAGUCUUGGACAGAAUCCCGGCCUAUAUUUCUUCUUGGUUGUCGCACCGCCGUUAAGACAGAGGUAGAUUUCUCCUCUGCCGAACUCCUUUACGGUACCACCUUGGCACUUCCUGGUACAAUGUUAGCACCAGCCAAUUCAUCGCAUCCUGAUCCAACGUCGUAUGCCACCAGACCUCCCUCGUAUUUCUCGAGUCUUUCACCAAUGUAUCCGCGUGACCAAUUUAUUCCUUCUCACGUUCCACCGGACAUUGACAAGUGGAUUCAUGUUUUUGUUCAGGAUGAUUCUGUCAGAGGACUGCUCGUUUCUCCCUAUAAAGGACCGUUUCGUGUGCUAUCGCGCACACCCAAAACUUUUAGUCUCGACAUCAAUGGUCGGGCAGAUACCGUGUCAGUUGACAGACUUAAAAAGGGAUAUUUUGAGGUUUCCACAUCUUUCGAUGACAUUUCGGCCACGCCCACUUUUGAUCCUUUACAACCACCUCCACAUCCACCCGCACAUACACCUUUGACCACACUAUCACCUACACCUACACCUUCGUCGCCAGAACCUAACACUAACAAACCUUAUGUCACCAGGACAGGCCGUACUAUGCAUUGGACUAAAAAGCUUAAAACUAUUUAUAUCUGA